AUGCCUGGUGAAGUCAUAAGCGAGCCAAACCCCCGACCGCUGCCAUCGCAUCUACCAGACUAUCUUGAACAAUUGAGCGUGAAAUUGGACCAUGAAGACCUAGAUCAGAAGGCCUGUGAUGCCUUGCUCAAAUUCCGCCGAGCGGCUUGCUACAUUGCGGCUGCUAUGAUCUUUUUGCAAGAAAACACUCUCUUGAAGUCGGAACUCACAUUCAAUGAUGUCAAGCCUCGACUACUUGGUCACUGGGGAACAUGUCCGGGCCUAAUUCUGGUCUACUCUCAUCUAAACUACCUGAUCCGGACGAUGGAUCUGGACAUGCUGUACGUUGUCGGCCCAGGGCAUGGUGCACCGGCAAUACUAGCCGCACUAUGGCUAGAGGGCUCGCUGGAGAGAUUUUAUCCCCAGUAUUCGCGAGACACCAAAGGCCUGCACAAUUUGAUCUCGACUUUUAGCACAACGGCCGGCUUUCCUAGCCACAUCAAUGCCGAGACUCCUGGUGCUAUCCAUGAAGGCGGAGAACUGGGAUACGCUCUAGCAGUGUCCUUUGGCGCUGUGAUGGACAACCCUGAUCUGAUAGUACCUUGUAUCGUGGGUGACGGAGAGGCUGAAAGCGGCCCCACCGCUACGUCCUGGCAUGCAAUCAAGUAUAUCGACCCAAAGGAAUCCGGCGCAGUUUUGCCAAUUCUGCAUUUGAAUGGAUUCAAGAUCAGCGAGCGCACUAUUUUUGGGUGCAUGGACCAUAAAGAGCUUGUGGCUCUGUUCAGUGGGUACGGGUAUCAGGUUCGCUUUGUGGAGGAUAUUAGUGAUAUUGAUGCAGACUUGCAUUUUUCUAUGGUCUGGGCCAUCAAGGAGAUCCAUAAGAUUCAGAAGGCUGCCCGUUCUGGGAAUCCCAUCGUGAAGCCAAGGUGGCCGAUGCUGAUUCUGCGCACUUCCAAGGGUUGGUCUGGGCCCAAACAGCUUCAUGGCAAGUUCAUCGAGGGCUCGUACCAUUCUCACCAAGUACCAUUGCCAAAGGCAAAGACCGACAAGGAAGAACUGGAUCUGCUGCAGAAGUGGCUCUCAAGCUAUAAGCCAGAAGAGCUUUUCACCUCGACCGGUGAUGUAAUCGACGAGAUCAAGUCUGUGAUUCCCGCAGACGACAAAAAGAAGCUUGGCCAGCGCGUUGAAGCCUACAACAGCUAUACAGCCCCAAAUAUGCCGGAUUGGAAAUCCUACUGCGCGCAAAAAGGCUCUAACGCAAGCUCCAUGAAAUUGAUUGGCACCUUCAUCAAUCAGGUAUUCAAGGACAACCCGAGUAGCGUGCGACUGUUCUCACCGGACGAGCUGGAAAGCAACAAAUUGGAUGCAGUGUUUGAAGACACGAACCGCAAUUUCCAAUGGGAUCAGUUUGCUAAUGCUCGUGGUGGCCGUGUAAUUGAAGUCCUUAGCGAACAUAUGUGUCAAGGAUUUAUGCAGGGCUACACCUUGACCGGUCGCAUUGGUAUUUUCCCAUCCUAUGAGAGCUUCCUCGGGAUCAUUCAUACCAUGAUGGUGCAGUAUGCCAAGUUUAUCAAGAUGGCGCUUGAAACAAAUUGGCACGCCGGUGUCAGCAGUGUGAACUACAUCGAAUCGAGUACCUGGACGCGACAGGAACACAACGGCUUCUCUCACCAGAACCCAUCUUUCAUCGGCUCUGUACUAAAACUCAAGCCUACUGCAGCUCGGGUAUACUUACCACCAGAUGCAAAUACUUUCCUAACAACCCUUCAUCACUGCGUGAAAUCAAAGAACUACAUCAAUCUGAUGGUUGGCUCAAAACAGCCUACUCCAGUGUAUCUGACCCCCAAAGAGGCCGAGAGCCAUUGUCGCGCAGGAGCAUCGAUCUGGAAGUUCUGCAGCACGGACGAUGGAGUGAACCCAGAUGUCGUGCUGGUCGGUAUUGGUGUCGAGCUGAUGUUCGAAGUAAUAGCAGCAGCGGCGCUUCUGCGUAAGCUCAUACCAGAGCUGCGCGUUUGCGUUAUUAAUGUGACCGACUUGAUGAUCCUUGAAAACGAGGGUCGGCAUCCGCAUGCCUUGUCAACUGAGGCAUUCGACACCCUCUUCACUCCCGAUAAGCCUAUUCACUUCAAUUAUCAUGGCUACCCAACCGAGUUGCAAGGGUUGCUCUUUGGACGUCCGCGUCUUGAACGUGUCACUGUCGGGGGCUAUAUCGAAGAGGGUAGCACUACUACACCUUUCGAUAUGAUGCUUGUCAAUCGUGUCUCGCGGUACCACGUCGCUCAGAUGGCUCUUCGUGGUGCUGCCAAGGCAAACGAGAAGGUCCGAGUGUAUCAGCAGGAGCUGAAUGCUCAGCUUGAGGGGAGUAUCGUCAACACGAGAAAGUAUAUUGUGGAAAACCACAAUGAUCCUGAGGGGAUUUAUGACACACCACAAUUCCACAGCUUCCAUAAACCGACCGAGUCAUUCUGGAAUACUGAAUAG